AUGGCUCCGGUAAUCUCCAAAAUCGCCAUAAUCGGAGCUGGGGUUAGCGGUAUCGCCGCUGCCAAACAGCUCGCCCACCAUAACCCUGUAGUUUUUGAGGCAAGUGACACCAUUGGAGGGGUUUGGAGCCAUUGCUCCUACAGCUCCACCAAGCUCCAAUCGCCUCGCUGCGAUUACGAGUUCUCCGAUUUCCCUUGGCCCGACAGGGACAGCGCUAGCUUCCCUUCUCACCUUGAGAUAUUGGACUAUCUCCAUUCUUACGCCGAGCACUUUGACGUGCUCAAGUGCGUGAGGUUCAAUUCAAAGGUGGUGGGUCUCCGGUUAAUCGACGGCAGAUUGCCCGGUGAAUACAGCAGCCUCUUGCCGGGUCAGCCCGUCUGGGAAGUUGCUGUCCAGACCAACGGUUCAGAGACCAUUCAGAGAUCAGAACCAGAAGGUAAAGCAUGCACCAUGGUAGUAAGGACUCUGCACUGGACAGUUCCACAUUACUGGGUUUGGGGUUUGCCAUUUUUCCUCUUCUACUCCACAAGAUCUUCUCAGUUCCUCCAUGAAAGACCAAACCAAAGCUUCCUCAGAUCCCUUCUUUGCUCACUUUUCUCCCCAAUGAGGCUAGUAGUUUCAAAGUUCAUAGAAUCCUAUUUGCUGCACAAGCUUCCUUUGGAGAAGUAUGGACUAAAACCGGACCACCCUUUUGUCGAGGACUACGCGUCUUGCCAAAUGGCUAUCAUGCCGGAGAACUUCUUCUCUGAGGCUGACAAGGGGAAGAUUGUGUUCAAGAGAUCAUCAAAAUGGUGGUUCUGGGAAAAAGGAAUCGAGUUCGACGACAAAGAAAAGAUCGAAGCUGAUGUUGUCGUCCUCGCCACUGGUUAUGAUGGUAAGAAAAAGCUCAAAGCCAUCAUGCCAGAGCCCUUUCGCAGUUUGUUGGAGUAUCCAUCUGGUCUCAUGCCGCUAUACAGGGGUACUAUCCAUCCUUUGAUCCCAAACAUGGGAUUUGUGGGCUAUGUUGAGAGUGUGGUGAACCUACAUUCGUCUGAAUUGCGUUCGAUAUGGCUGGCACGGCUAGUGGACGACAAAUUCAAGCUUCCGGGUGUGACGGAAAUGCUCGAGAGAACACUGAUGGAGAUGGAAGUCAUGAAGAGAACCACCAGGUUCUACAAGAGGCACUGCAUUUCAACUUAUAGUAUCAACCACAGUGAUGAAAUAUGUGAGGAAAUGGGAUGGACUUCUUGGAGGAAGAAGAGCUGGUUUUCAGAGGCAUUUAGCCCCUAUGGUAGUCGAGACUAUCUGAACUAG